UCGCCCGGCGGCCGCCGCUGCCCGCGAUGGUGGCAGGGCUGCUGGGCGGCGGCGGCGGGGCCCGCGCGGGGACCGUGCCGGGCGCCUGGCUGUGCCUGAUGGCGCUGCUGCAGCUACUGGGCUCGGCGCCGCGGGGCUCGGGGCUGGCGCACGGCCGCCGCCUCAUCUGCUGGCAGGCGCUGCUGCAGUGCCAGGGGGAGCCGGAGUGCAGCUACGCCUACAACCAGUACGCCGAGGCGUGCGCGCCGGUGCUGGCGCAGCGCGGCGGGGGCGACGCGCCGGGGGCCGCCGCCGCCGCCGCCGCCGCCGCCGCCUUCCCGGCCUCGGCCGCCUCGUUCUCGUCGCGCUGGCGCUGCCCGAGCCACUGCAUCUCGGCGCUCAUUCAGCUCAACCACACGCGCCGCGGGCCCGCCCUGGAGGACUGUGACUGCGCGCAGGACGAGAACUGCAAGUCCACCAAGCGCGCCAUUGAGCCGUGCCUGCCCCGGACGAGCAGCGGCGGCGCGGGCGGCCCGGGCGCGGGCGGGGUCAUGGGCUGCACCGAGGCCCGGCGGCGCUGCGACCGCGACAGCCGCUGCAACCUGGCCCUCAGCCGCUACCUGACCUACUGCGGCAAGCUCUUCAACGGGCUGCGCUGCACCGACGAGUGCCGCACGGUCAUCGAGGACAUGCUGGCCGUGCCCAAGGCGGCGCUGCUCAACGACUGCGUGUGUGACGGCCUGGAGCGGCCCAUCUGCGAGUCGGUCAAGGAGAACAUGGCCCGCCUGUGCUUCGGGGCCGAGCUGGGCAACGGCCCGGGCAGCAGCGGCUCGGACGGGGGCCUGGACGACUACUACGACGAGGACUACGACGACGAGCAGCGCGCCGGGGGCGCGGGCGGCGAGCAGCUGCUGGAUGACGACGACGGCGUCCCGCACCCGCCGCGCCCGGGCGGCGGCGCUGCAGCGGCGGGCGGCCGCGGGGACCUGCCUUACGGGCCCGGGCGCAGGAGCAGCGGCGGUGGCCGCUCGGCGUCCGGAGCCGCCUGGACCCCGCUCGCCUCCAUCUUGCUGCUGCUGCUGCUCCCGCGGCUCGUUUAGCCCUCGCGCCCCCCACCGUGGGCAGCGGGAGGGCCGGCGCCGGGGCACCUGUGGCUGGGGGACGGAGGGGGUGGUUGGGAUCCUUUCCAAAACGUGCUGAGUAGACUCUGCCUAGCGGGUCUCCUCUUCACGACAAUCCCCGUGUCCUCUCCCGAACAUGACUUCUUGGACAUCUCCCCUGCCCCCAUUCCAGGCUCCAGAAACUCCCAGCUCGUCUGCUCUGCAGAAACCGGCCCAGCUAGAAUUUAGGACGCCCGGGAUGGAAUGGGCCGGGGGGGGGGGGGGGGGGG